CAAUUGACGAGAAGAAAUCUGCUGCCUUCACGGUUAAUUAGACAUAUUGAGAGACGUUGCACACGGAACGUUUCUCUGUGGUACGUCAUAGAUCACAUUUGCAUAUUUAUUUAUGUAUUAAUUCCAGUAACAAUUAUUUGCAUUAUGUAUUAGCGGUCCUAUAUUAAUUUAUAGAAGGUAAGCUGUGAAAAAGUCCCCGUCUUUACAUGUUAGCAUGUAUUUACGAGGUUUCUUGAAGGCAACACAGGAGCUCGCCCCCCCCAUCGCAGUCAGUCAGCGGCUAUCACCUCCUACCGAGGUGUCACUGAAGGCAGUUAGCUAGCUCAUUUAUUUGAAAAAAAAAGCCCCUCUGCUUCACGUCUCCGGGCUUCUUUGCGCUAUGAAGGGAUCCAGGUUCUUUGUCGUGUUCUUGGUGCUUUCCGCGUCUCUGCUGUGCACGGCCGACGCGGGCAGGAGCAGGACCAGCAACCAGAACAGCUUCCGGCGGGCAGCUAACGGCAUCUACCAGACUCUGAGCAGCGUUUUCGGCGAAGAGAACAUCAGAGGGUUGUACAAGUUUUUCUCCAAAACGACGGAGCGGUUUGUCCAUGGAGUGGACUCUCUGCUGGAUACAAUCUGGAAGAUCUGGUCCGAUCUACUGGAUGUGAUGGGCAUCGACUCCUUGAACCUCACCCACUACUUCAGCCCCACGUCUCUCACCAACUCUCCAGCGCGUGCUCUGCUCCUGGUCGCUGCGGUACUUCUGGCCUACUGGUUCCUCUCCAUGUUCCUGGGGGCUUUCUUCUACCUGCUGCACGCGGUCUUUGGCCGCUUCUUCUGGCUAGCACGGGUCACGCUGUUCGCCCUGUCAUGCCUCUACAUUCUGCAAAAGUUCGAGGGCGACCCGGAGCGCGCCGUGCUGCCCCUGUGCUUCAUCAUGGCGGUGUACUUCAUGACGGGGCCCGUGGGAGCGUACUGGCGUCGUGGAGGCGGGGCAGGGUCACUAGAGGAGAAAAUUGACCACCUGGACACUCAGAUCAGGCUGCUCAACAUCAGGUUGAGCCGCGUCAUAGAUGGCCUGGAACGUAGCGGGGAGCAGUAGACUUUAGUGGUAGUGGGGGGGGGGGGUUGUUGGGGUCCAUUUGCUGCCAGAAUGCUGUUUUCCUGUGCACAUCUGCAGCAUCUCAGCCGCUGCAUAUUUACAACAUUAUCGUAAGAUUGGGGCACAAACCGUAUUUUAACAGCAACGGUUAAUUUUAGUUACAAGAUACCUAAAUGCCCUUAGUGCGGACAGUUAUCCACACUGAAGAGCAUAAGCAAAAAUUUCUUUUUUUUUUUUGACUUUUUGAAAUGUUUUUAUUACAGACGUGAGGAGAGAUGUCGGAUUUUUUUUUUGUAAGAUGGUUUAACUGUACACCUCCGGAGGAACUGAAUAAGUGGUGUUUGGUAAAUGCUUAACCUGGUUGUUAGCAUCUGAUGCAGGGGACUGGUACCAUCAUUGUAUUUCUGAUACGUAAGAAUCAAGUCAUCCAUUGUAUUUUUUUAUUUAUUCAUUCAUCCAUUUUCCUUCAAUAUGUUGAAACUAUGUAGUUCCAUCAGAAAUCCAUUCCAUAGUGAGAACAGCUUUCCAUCGGGACCUCUUUUUCUUUGUGUGUGUGUGUGUUUGUGUAUGAGAGCAUGGACAGGUGCACCCAUGUGCACAAAUGUGUCAGCGUGCAUCCAGUUUGUGAAAUGGAAGAGUACUGUAGUUAAAAGUCACCCUCCAAUUAGAAGAGAAAGCAGACAGGCAACAGUAGCUCAGGGACUUAACCACCACAUGUAUCAAAUUGGAUAUAUGAUCAUAUUGUUUUGGUGAGUUUUCCAUUAUUCACCAUAGAGCACCCAGACACACGUUCUAGAACAGAAUACAGUUUGCUAAUGCCUUUUAGCAGUAAUAUUAGUAUUGAUUGCACAUAAAUUGGCUUAAAAGCAGUACUUUAGACACAGUUGACAUAUUUCUUGUCUCUUUCAGUUGUGUUUUAUAAUUUUCUGCCACGAUUUGUUUUAUUGCUUGUCUUCAUCUGCUUGCAACAGACUCUUGACACUACUGAAGCCAAACAACACAUUUACACACUGAUAAGUGUAUAACAGUGGUCUCCUGGUGAAAGGAAGGUAAACAGAGGGACGCUACCUGUUCCUUACUUGCCUGUGUUGAUAUUGAGCAGACUUGCAAUCCACUUUUUUUAUUUUGAAACAAAGGCCUGGUGCAUUUUAUUUAAAGAGGUUGUCUUAAUGUCACAGAUGUUAUUUUUGCACACACUCGUCAUUUGUCCCCUGCAGUAGAAACCCCCCAUAUACCGUUAAACAAUCUGGCCUCGUUCUUGCAUGCACUGUUUUAUAUACAUGUUGAUUAAGGUAAGGAACUCUUCCACAAUGUGAUGUAUGAUGUGAUGAAUUAGCCAGAAGUAAGUGAAGUUAGAUUUGUUUUGUGUUUUUUUUAUCCUAAAUUUAAUGUUUGCACUGAUUUUUGUGGUGUAUAGACCAAAUUAUUGCACUUAUCAGUGCUGUUUUACAUUACAAGACUAAACCAGACACACACUUUAUCCUAAGAAGGCAAAUCUUAAAAGCUGAUGUCCUUUAGUGUGUACUCCAACAGCCUUCGUCCAGUGAGCUGUUUGUUUUACUAAGGGCAGCAUGUGUGAAUUUAUGUAGUUAGGUAAAAGGUACUAAUCAUGUUUGUUAUUGAAGGAUGGGUUUUCUCCAUUUGCUGAUGGAUAAGUCACUAAGGCGCCUGUUUGUUAUGUAUAUGUGAUUACAAACAAAAGCUCAUGUACUUCAGUUGGUCAAGAAUAUUGUAUUUCAAAAGAACCAGAUGUGCAACUGUUGAGAUGAGAAUCUUGAAAUAGUUUCCUCCCAGUGUUUUUUUUUUCUUCUUCCUAGCACAACAACAUUGUUUAUAAGAAAUAAAUGCUGGAAAAACCCCAAAGGCUGCAAGAGGCAGCUUUGGCUUUCUUCUCUCAUCUGAUGAUACACUGUAUACUCACAGUUGCUAUUGUAUUCGUAUCACUUGUUCACACUUGAAGGAUGUCAGUCCUGGUGUCAUCUUCAAGUGUUGAAUGCUUCAUCCAGCUUAUUUAUUCUCUGUGAAGUGUCUUGAAUGAUUUGUGAUUCCGUUCAUUUAUCGUACUGUAUUCUACUUAUUCCUUGUGCUCCAUGUAGCCUGCCUUUUAUAAUCUGCUGUGCCAAUGAUUUGUGUUUUUGUUCAUCUAAGGCAUUAUUUGUAACUGUCAGGUUUAGACUAGAUUGUUUUUUAAUUUCAUUUCAUGUUUUUAGACCUUUUCAACUUGAUAUUUCUGUACUUCAAUGAUGUGGCCACCGUCAGAGUGUUGCCUGCCUGCUGAUGUCUACUUUGUGGGAGUGUGUCAGGGAGUGAAAACGAGGUCCAGAUUUGAAUAAAUUAAACUCCAGAGUAUGA